UUAGGCAAUUGUGAUAUGCCGUGAUGAGUCUUAUAAGAUUAAUCACCUUUGAUGUUACUGGAACUCUGUUGAAAGUUACUAGCCCUGUUGGGAGACAGUAUUCCCAAGCUGCUGAGAAAUUUAUCGGAAUAAAAUUUGAUGAGAAUUCGAUGCAAGAAUGUUUCUGGAAAUAUUAUCGACAACAAAUGAAACAAUAUCCCAUGUUUGGUUCACAACACAACAUGACUUCAGAACAAUGGUGGUUUUCUGUUUUCACAAACUGUAUUAAAGGUAGUAAGCAGUUAAACACUAUGAAAACUUUUGAAAAUUCAGAUGCACAACUUCAAAAAGCGUUCGAAGAUGUGUAUUACAAUUUUAAAUGGACUGUUUAUCCAGGAGCAAAAGAUACAUUAAAAAGUUUGAAGUCAAUGAAAACAGAAAAGUAUGGUCCAAUGAAACUUGCAGCUGUUUCAAAUAGUGAUGAGAGAACUCCUACGAUUUUGAAAGAAACAAAUCUUUCAGAAUAUUUUGAUUGUGUAGUAAGCUCGGUUGAAGCAAGAUGUGAAAAGCCAAACCCAAGAAUAUUUGAUUACACUUUGAAAAAAUUGAACUUAACGGAUAUUGAUAAAAAUCAAAUUCUACAUGUUGGAAACAUGUAUGAAAAAGAUUAUAUUGCUGCAUUAAAUGGUGGAAUGCAGGCUUUGCUUCUGAGAGACGAAUCUAAUGAAAAUGAGAAAGUUUUCCACAAAGAGCACAUCAUUCAUGAAUUAAGUGAAGUUGUAAUGUUUGUUGGGCGCAACAACAAGGAAUUUACCUCUUAAUUAAAUUCUUAAAAUUUUGUUUUAGCAAUAGUACAGUGUUUCUAAUUAUUAAAAACUCUAUGCAAACUCAUUAAGUUCAAUAUAUAAAUUUCUAUAACUACAUUGCUUGUGCUCAACUUUAAAGUUAAAAAUUGAAAUUUCAAAACUUUCAUAGCUUGUAUUUUUUCAUGUGAAAUUACUCUUGGAAAGCUGAGGUGAACUCAAAACUACCGCAUCUUAUUUUAAAUUAAGUGUGCAUUUCUAUGCAAUAUCAAAUUAAUUGAUAGAUAAUAAAUUUUUGUCUAGUAAUAUAUUACUUCUGGUUGGAUAAUACAGUUUGAUGACGCUUAUCCUUUGCAUAAUUACCAUGAAUACAGACUUGUUAUCCAAUUUGGUUAUAAAGUUCGAUCAAACAAGUUUUAUGUCUUGUUGGCUGGUCCACCAUCAUGGUGUAUUAUAACGAAGCAUUCUUCAUUGUGGGCAUGCAACGUUGAGAUUUAAUUACAGAUCUGCGAGUCCCACUUGAGU